AUGGCGGAGAAGCAUUCGUCUGAGAAAGUUGAGUAUGCCUCCCAUGAUGAGGCAAGGCAAACAUCGCCUACAGGGCUCAUGCCCAUCGAGAUUCUAAGAGAGAACAGCACUGCGAGGCUGGUCAAUCCUCUAGCGGGAAUCGCGAAAGAUGAUCUGAUGCUGCAAGUGGAACGCUUCGCCACCGACAAGGGUCUUCUUGACAUCCUUCCUCUCCUACAAAAAGGUGCAUACGUUGCCCAAGCAGCGAUUCCGCUGGCAGAAAUUGAAGAGCUCGAUCCGGAUGAGCUUGAGGGACUACAGCAUGAGAUCAAGCACAGGUGGACCCACCCGUUCGCCCUCUAUGCCACUGUGUUCGUGUGCUCGAUUGGCGCAGCCGUACAGGGUUGGGAUCAAACGGGCUCGAAUGGUGCCAACUUGACAUUCCCUGUCGAGUUUGGCAUCGGAUCUGGCUCCAGCAGAGACAAUUGGCUGAUCGGUCUAGUCAACGCUGCUCCCUAUAUCUCUUCUGCUUUCCUGGGAUGCUGGCUUUCUGACCCGUUCAACUCGCUCCUUGGUCGGCGUAGGGCAACUUUCGUAGCCGCCAUAUUUUGCAUCCUGACACCAAUCGGCGGUGCACUCUCACAAAGUUGGCAUCAACUUCUCGUGACAAGGCUCCUCAUGGGUUUUGGUAUGGGCCUAAAAGCUGCGACCAUCCCAAUGUACGCUGCAGAGAACUCUCCGGCUAUUAUUCGAGGCGCCCUAGUUAUGGGCUGGCAGAUGUGGACGGCUUUCGGUAUAUUCCUCGGGUUUGCUGCCAAUCUGGCCGUCUACAAGGUUGGCAAGAUUGCGUGGAGGCUUCAGAUUGGGUCUGCUUUCAUCCCAGCUGUCCCUCUCGCCCUCUUUAUUUAUUUCUGUCCAGAGUCUCCACGCUGGCUGAUGAAAAAGAAUCGCUAUCGAAAAGCAUUUGAGUCACUCUGCCGUUUGCGGAAACACAGAAUACAAGCAGCACGCGAUCUUUAUUACGUCCAUGCUCAGCUACUGAUCGAACGCGAGAUGGCGGCUGCGUCGACAUAUAUUGUUAGACUACGCGAGCUUGUUACGGUCCCCCGUAACCGACGAAGCUUCAUAGCAGCCUUGGUCGUCUUCAUGGGCCAGCAAUUCUGCGGGAUGAACAUCAUUGCAUUUUACUCGUCGACGGUCUUUGUCGAAGCUGGCGCGUCUGAGCAUACUGCACUGCUUACUUCGCUAGGCUAUGGGAUUGUCAACUUCGUCUUUGCUAUCCCGGCAAUCUUUCUCAUAGAUAGAUGUGGCCGAAGAUCUCUGCUUCUCUCAACCUUCCCACACAUGGCCUGGACAAUGCUUGCCGCGGGAUUUUGCUUCUACAUUCCCGAAUCCAGCAAGGCACAUGUUGGCAUGAUUGCCCUCUUUGUUUACGCUUUUACCGCUCUCUAUUCGGUUGGUCAAGGGCCGGUUGCUUUUGUAUACUCCGCGGAAGCCUUUCCAUUGUCGCACAGAGAGAUCGGGAACAGUUGGGCCGUUUCCGCGACCUUUGCCUUAUCCUCAGCUCUUUCGUUGACUUUUCCCUUAAUGCUGAGCAAAUUCACCCCCCCCCCGGGUGCAUUUGGCUUUUAUGCCGGAAUGAACUCAUUCGUCUUGAUCUUAAUUUUCCUCUUCGUCCCUGAUACCAGUGGUUACACUCUGGAAGAGCUCGACUACGUUUUUGCGGUCCCGACAAGACAAUUCGUCAACUACCAAGUCAAAAAGGUCCUGCCAUGGGCGUUGAGGCGGUACCUCUUCUUCAGACGUGGAGAAGACUUGGAGCCUCUCUGCCGUUUUGAGCGCAGCGACCAACAAGGCUCGCAAGGUCAGAUGGAAAGAAGAGUUGAGACGGACUCCAAAAUAAGCGGCGCAGCCUAG